CCGCCGCCGGAAGGCUCCGGGGCUGAGCCCGGCCCCGGCGCCGUCUCCCUGAGCCCCGCUCCCGCUGCACGGCCCCGGUCUCGCCCCCGGGAUGGCGGCGGGGGGCAGCAGCGCCAGCGCCCUGCGCCGAGCCGGCAACGAGGAGUUCCGCCGCGGGCAGUACGGGCCGGCCGCGCAGCUCUACGGCCGGGCGCUGGCGCUGCUGGAGGACGCCGGGGAGGCCGCCGCCGAGGAGAGGAGCGUGCUGCUCGCCAACCGCGCCGCCUGCCACCUCAAGGAGGGCGCCUGCCGCCUCUGCGUCACCGACUGCUGCGGCGCGCUGAAGCUGGUCCCGUUCAGCAUCAAACCCCUCCUGAGGCGGGCGGCAGCCUACGAGGCUCUGGAGAGCUACCAGCUGGCCUACGUCGACUACAAGACCGUGCUGCAGAUCGACUGCUCCAUACAGGCGGCUCACGAUGGUGUCAACAGAAUGACUAAAGCCCUGCAGGAGAAGGAUGGUGUGAACUGGCGCGAGAAGCUCCCACCAAUUCCCACAGUUCCCAUUUCUGCCCAGAAGAGAUGGAACGCUCCUUCUGCAGCAGCCCCCGCCACAGAUGUGCCCCCUGGGAGCACGUCGCAGGGACACCCAGACCAGAUUGCUGCUGGUGUAGAGAGAGCUCGAACUCUGAAGGAAGAAGGAAAUGAACUCGUAAAGAAAGGAAACCAUAAAAAGGCAAUUGAGAAGUACACUGAGAGUUUAAAGCUCAAUCAGGAAUGCGCAGCUUACACCAACAGAGCUCUCUGUUACCUGACGCUGAAGCAACACAAGGAAGCAGUACAGGACUGCACAGCAGCUCUGAGAUUAGAUCCUAGAAACAUCAAGGCAUUCUACAGACGUGCUCAAGCACUUAAAGAACUGAAGGAUUACAAAUCAAGUAUUGCUGACAUCAACAGCUUGUUGAAAAUUGAACCAAAGAACACAGCUGCACUGAAAUUACUGCAAGAACUGAAGAGAGCCUAGGAUAACCAACAAGGAAAGCUUUUUCUUCUGCAGAAUAAAGCUUUUUUCCUUCUGAGGUUGUUGCAGGGACCAAUCUUAAUGCAGGAUGGGUAUUGAAAUCUACCUUCAACUGCUGCUGAGAUGUAGUAGGUUCUGUGCCAGCACAAUCAAUGUCAAGAUACAGAGUCUGUAUCAAACUUGAUUAUAUGGCUCAAAGAUCAUUAGAAGAUUUAAUGCCACUAUGUAAGAGGCAUAUAGGUCAGCUUCCCUGGCUGAAGUCAAGGUGCCUGUAACUACUGGCCUCAGGGAUUCUGCAUGUGAAGUGGCUGUUCUUGCUGAAGAGCUACAAACUGAGGUGUUUUUGUUAGUCCUUAUUCAGGUGACAGUUUUGCUGCAUUUGUGCUGCUAUUACUUAACUAGGGUUGCUGACAGGCUGCUGCCUGAGCACUGCAUACCCCUCUUAGACCCAAGUCACGGUUACUUGCACAGGGUUGAGCAUGUUCCCUCUCCUACUUGAUACCUGCUGGCCCUCAGCUGAAUUUCUGCUACUUAGUGUGACUGGGCAGGUGUUUACAGCAGCAGCUUUCUUUUAUUUCUAAUUGUUCUGCAGAUAUAAGAAAACUACAAGUUAAACCUGCCUUGUUACACAGUGCACUACUUCUGUGAGAUUACAGGUGCUCAGGCAUUUUACAGCCUUUUUUGUUGUUUUUAUUUGGUUUGUUUUAAACUUUAGCUUGUCUGUGCCUUCUGGAGCAGUUGCUGCAGGGUGUUACAGGGACUAGGGUAUGCAGUAGUAUCAGAGCUGAGGCCUGGCUUACUAUUUCAAUGCAUGUUUAUACUUUUUUUCUUACAGUAUUGAUGGCACUGACUUAAAAUGGUAGAUACAAAGAGGGUUGGAGUUAUUCUAUGAACUGUUAAAACUGUUCACAUUAAAGCCUUGUUUAUUUUCACUCUA